AUGGCCGACCCCGCCGCCGCCCGCGCCGACCUCACGAAGCGCCAGCUCCCCACCAUGACCCUGGCCACGGGCCUCGCCGACCUCCCCGGCGCGGCCCUCCGCACCGCCUCCGCCCAAGACACCGCCGCCGACCGCUUCGCCGUCCCCGGCACCGCCAUCAUCACCGGGGGCACCGGCGCCAUCGCCCGCGCCGUCUCCCGCGCCCUCCUCCAGCACGGCCUCACGGCCCUCCUCCUGCUCGACCUCGACGUCGCCUCCCCCGCCGCCCGGGCCCAGGUCGCCUCCCUCCGCGACGAGUUCCCCGCCGCCGCCAUCGAGGCCCGCGCCGUCGACGUCACGGACGAGGCCGCCGUCCCCUCGGCCGUCGAUCACGCCGUCGGCGCCCUCGGCGGCGUCGACUACCUCGUCUGCCUCGCCGGCAUCGUCAGCUGCUCCCACGCCCUCGACACCCCCGCCGCCGAGUUCCGCCGCGUCCUCGACGUCAACACGACGUCCGCCUUCGUCUGCGCCCAGGCCGCCGCCCGCGCCAUGGUCCGCGCCGGCCGCGGCGGCCGCGUCAUCUUCACCGCCUCCAUCUCGGCCCACCGCGUCAACUACCCGCAGCCCCAGGCCGCGUACAACGCGAGCAAGGGCGCCCUGCUGCAGCUCAAGAGCAGCCUCGCCGCCGAGUGGGCCCGCCACGGCAUCACCGUCAACAGCGUCAGUCCGGGCUACGUCGACACCGUCCUCAACGAGGGCGAGGGCCUAGCCGAGGCCCGCGCCGUCUGGGCGAGCCGGAACCCCUCGGGGAGGAUGGCCAUGCCCGAGGAGAUCGCCGGCGUCGUCGUCAUGCUCUGCUCGCGCGCGGGGAGCUACUUCAACGGGAGCGACCUGGUCGUUGACGGGGGCGGUAUUGUUUUCUGA